GGCCACCGUACAUAGAAGAUUGAUGUUAAGCGGUCCGUACUGCCGUGUGGUGUUUGAACAGGCCUGGCGCAGGAAGCUUCCCCAACCUUUCCGCCAAGUGGACCGGAAUUGAUUAAGUGAGGGUUGAAAUAAAGUAGGCCCGGAGCUUUCGUAUAAUACCAUGUGGGCCCCAUACAGAUAGGUACUUCUCCAGGUUUGGAACAAAACGCCAGUCAGUGCCUCGAGUCCUCGACGAGCUUCUCCUCCUCCUGCUCGGUCGUCGCGAAUCCCCAACUAUGGAUUUCCAACAUACGAAAGGAACCUUCGAGUUGGCGGGGAAGCAGUUUCCCCGCGUUACUUGGUACAGGCAAAAGGGAAUGCGGGGCUUGUAUAUAUGUCUGCUGUUUGUCGUCCUUACUUCGGCCACAAAUGGAUAUGAUAGUUCGAUGAUGAACGGUCUUCAGACUCUGGAGCAAUGGCGGGAUUGUGGGUAAUACGUAGCAUUUGAUUCUCACCAAACUAACGCACCAUCCAGAUUAUCACCAACCCUCUCCAUCUCAACUUGGUCUGUUAAAUAGUAUAUGGCCUGUUGGAUCGCUCGUGGCCCUCCCAUUUGUACCGUAUGCGGCCGACAUGUUAGGAAGACGUGGUGGAGUGAUGGUCGGAUGCUCAAUUAUGCUUGGAGGAGUCGCCCUGCAAAGUCUUGGAUUUACCUUCGCUAUGUUUGUCAGCGCUCGAUUCUUCAUUGGAUUUGGUGUAGCGAUUGCCCAUGGAUCCUCUCCUCUUUUGAUAACGGAACUGGUACAUCCACAACAUCGCGCGAUUUACACUGCGAUUUACAAUACCACAUGGUAUAUGGGGAGUUUCCUUGCGGCCUGGCUGACUUUCGGUAAAUGAACCCAGAAGAUCUUGUUGAAGAUUGGGACUGAUCAAGUUUUAGGUACCAACAAGAUUCAUUCGGAUUGGGCUUGGAGAACACCGUCAGUUGUGCAGGCUUUGCCAUCGGCAUUGCAGAUGAUUUUCAUCUGGUGAGUGUUUCGGUAAAUACUUCAGUACGCUGUCUAAUUUUCAAAUAGGUUCGUACCCGAAUCACCACGAUGGCUGAUAUCGAGAGGAAAGAACGAGAAGGCCCUUCGAAUUCUUGCCGAUGCGCAUGCCGCUGGAGACAAAAUGGAUGAAGUCGUGCAGCUGGAAUAUCAAGAAAUCAGAGGAACUUUGAAACUUGAACAAGAGCUUGAAGGGAACAGUUGGAGUGAACUUUGGGGAAAGCCCGGAAAUCGACAUCGUCUUAUCAUCCUUGUUUCGCUGGGAUUCUUCUCCCAAUGGUCUGGUAAUGGACUUGUUAGGUAUGAUCUACCACGGUGUUCCUCUAUGUCCAAAGCUGACUUGUUCGUAGUUAUUAUAUCCACGCUGUCCUCAACCAAAUCGGCAUCGAGGAAACAACACUUCAACUACUCAUUAAUGGUAUUCUCCAGUUCACGAAUAUUCUGGUGGCCACUGGCAUGUGUUUCUUUGUUGACCGACUUGGUCGACGAACGCUUUUCCUCAUUUCGACUGGCGGAAUGUUUGUGACCUACUUGGUUUGGACUGUCUGUUCGGCCCAAUUUGUGAUACAUGGGUCCAAGUCCUCCGCGAACGCUGUCGUAGUCGCCAUAUUCAUUUAUUACGUAUUCUACAACACCGCUUGGUCUGGAUUGCUCAUUGGGUACUCGGUAGAAAUCUUGCCAUAUAACAUCCGCGCAAAAGGCAUGACUGUUCUGUUCCUCGCGAUCGACAUCUCACUGUUUUUCAACCAGUACAUCAAUCCAAUUGCCUUGUCUCGUCUGUCGUGGAAGUACUAUCUCUUCUACUGUUUCUGGCUUCUGUUUGAACUCUUCGUAGUAUGGAAAUUUUACCUCGAAACCCGAAAUACGCCCUUGGAGGAGAUUGCGAAGCACUUUGAUGGAGAAGGAGCCAUCAUUGGCGGAGCGGCUGCCAAUAACAAGUCCAGGCAAAUAGCCGAGGAGAUUGAUAGAGUUGGUGGUACCAUUGUCGACAAAGAUGAAAAGGAGCCUGGCUCAAAUGUCAUCGCUAGUGUUUGAGGCUACUAACCUCAACGAUGGGACGGUGUUGUAAGCAUUUCUCGGCGCACGACCAGAGGAAUUGCUUCCCAUGUUAUCUGAAGAGAGUGGUGCUUGUUCCAAUGAAACUCGUACUCCAAUUGAUCGGAAGCUGGACAGUAAGACAAAGAGUAGCAACGAGAGGAGGACAAGAAUGAAAGGCUUCAUGUCAUCGAUGAAUAUAUCCAUCGCAAAGCUCAGCCCAGUGCCACAAGGGGGGGAGGAAUACAUCGGCAAUACCCCCAAGUGUCAGCAUCUGACCUCGGCGGAACCGACCAUAACGAGAACGAAGCUUUUAGGCUAGUUUCUACGUCUCGGCCAUUUUUGAAGUUGGUGAUCGACACUUUUGCUGUGUUGGGAUGACGGAGGGGAAUGGUCAGAUGGAUUCUGGACAGGGUCCUGGGACGGAUGAUAUUUUGGACUUUCGUCCAUGGGGGCGACGGAUGAGUACAAAAUA